AUGACUUCGACUGCGAGCUCUCAGAACAACCCGGCGCCGAACUCCUCUGCUGCUUCUGCCCCUUCGUAUGCCUCUGCAGCAGGUGCAUCCAAGAAGCCAGCCUCGACGCCUCUGAUCGCAACAGGCUCCAACCAGUCUACUCCUGUGGUUGUUGGCGGCUCUUCCGCGCAACAUGCCAAGUCUUCCGGCCCUUCACCAGUAAACGGACGACCUCCCAUCACCCCUGCCGUGCCUGCUCCCGCAGCUGCUCACGGCUCCAACAACAACUCGAACAAUAUGAACGGCGCCGGCGAACAUAGCCGGAAGAGCUCCGUUACCAUCAGCGCCAACGGCCCCAACAGCUACGCCGCCAACGGUGGUGCUGCUGGAGGAGGCUCCAAGUCCGGUAUCCAGUUCGGCUUCAAGGACUCGCCUGCUAUCGCCCAUAGCUCGCCUCAGAUGUCCGCCGCCCCCAUUCCCAUUCCUGGUGGCAACCAGAGCGCCAGGGUCCCGUCUCCCGCGCACUCUCCCUCCCCCAUCCCCCAGCCCUCUGCCAGUGGUGGUCGUCCUCCUUCGGGCAUUGCCCAGCAGGGCAACAUGACCUUUGGCAGCCUCGGCAGUGAUGGCGAUCGUCACAUGAGACAGGCUUCCACGCCUCAGAACCCGGCUGCCCUGGCUUCUCAGCCCGGAGCCCAUAUCCGCCGCGAGUCCGCCGUCUCUCAGCAGAGUGACAUGAGCGGUGCUGCCGGCAACCGUCCCAACUUCACUCCCCAGGGCGGACGUGGCCGUGGCAACACGCCCUACAACCCGGCUCACCCUCCUUUUAAUGCUAGCCAGGGAUUCCCUCCUAACUUCAGCCUGGCCCGGCCGUGGCCGCGCGGCAUGCCCCUGCAUUCCACCCGGCUAAUCGCCCAUGGACGCGGAGAAGUAUCAUGCGGAGAAGCGCCAUGGACUCAAGCUUCCGAAGAAGCAGCUCUCAGCGGUCGCAACACGGGCCCCUUGAAAGCGACGCCGUCACUUCACCCGGAUGCCCCUUGCUUUUUAAUUCCUCCCUCUCACAAGAGUCUGCUAACCCAGUCACCUGCUAAAAUUGAUCUAUCUCCCGAAUCGGGCAAUUUCGAACGAAUGCUGACAGCUAAACAACAGUAUGGAUACCCUCCCCAAGGUGGCCAAUUCGACGCUCGACAGGCACCCUACUACAUGCCCCAACCCUACAUGCAGCAAGGCCCUGGGGGCUCGCCAGCCGGCAACUACCAGCAGGGCUUCGUCCCUCCUCCCUACCACACCGCUGCCCCAGUCAGCAUGUCGCGCACCUCCUCGCACUCUGAACGCCCCACCUCCAGCACCGGCCAGCCUAGCCAGCCAGUCAUCGUCUCGGGUGCGCCCCAGCAGAACGCUCAAGGCAAGGGCGCUGCGGCCCUUCCUUUCACGCGCCCCAAGAAGAGUGCCGCCGUGGUCAUCAAGAACGCUCAAGGCGAGACGGUCGAUUUCUCUAGCAUGAAGACGCCUGCUUCGCCCUCCCCGAGCACCCAGCAGACCAGGACCCCUCCUGUCAUCGCCACCACACCCUCUCCGGCACCCAAGAGCGCCACCCCUGCGCGCCCUGACCACAACAGGACGGAGAGCGCACCGAAGACGGCAAAGGAGAUCCAGGAAGAGCUGCGCGCCAAGGUCCUCCUGGCUGCCGGCGGCGAGUCCAAGGACACCAAGACCGCCAAGCCGGAGCCCGCUAAGACCGAGGUCAAGCCUGUUGAAGCUGCACCCGUCACAGAGGCCAAGAAGGAGGUUACGGAAGCGCCCAAGGCUGCUGAAGAGCCCGCCGCCGAGGCGACCAAGAAGGAGGAACCCAAGGCGACUAAGGAGGCGGAGUCGAAGCCUGCUGAGCCGGCAGCCAACGUCGAGAGCGAAGAGACGAGAUGGAGCUCGCCGACGCCCUCGCGGGCAAGAGGCGCCCAGGAGGUCGGCGAUGUCACCGACAAGCUCGCCAGCCUCAACAUUGGAGACAAGUCAUCCAAGGCUGCGCCUGCCGAGAAGGCGCGCGCUACCAAGCCGGCUGCGCUGAACCUGGCUCCCAUCAACACCAAGCCUGUCGAGCCCCCUCAGCCCAGCGCUGCCCUCCAGUCGCUCAAGUCGGCCCGCUUCCUGACGGUUAUCAACCAAGACAUCUACCCAGCUGGCAUCAGCUCUCCCAACCCGGCGUUGAACGCUGCGGUUGCGAAGAAGGGCAAGACCUUCAAGUACGACGCGCAGUUCCUGCUCCAGUUCCAGAAGGUCUUCACCGAGCAGCCCUCCAUGGAGUUUCACCAUCAGGUUAAGGCCUUGAUCGGUGAGGACGGUUCCCGCUCGGCGUCGAGCCCUCGCCCCGGCUCCAGCCGACAACCUUCCAGGUCUGGGGCCUUCACCCCGAGCCAGCCCAACAUGGGCCAGUUCAUUUCGAACCCGAGCGUGCGUGGCACAACGUCCAAGCAGCGAUUCGCCAUGUCCAACGCGGCUCUUGCUAGUGGUGCGACGGCCCCUGCGGCCGGCGGCAUGGGCUCCUUCGGCCGCACCGGCAGUGGAUUCCCCAUGGGACCCCCUAUCUCCCCCAACGCGUCGUCGUCCAAUAUCAACCCGUCCAACUCGCGUCGCGGCCCUGGUGGCAGCCAGAGGGGCAAUAGCAGGCGUGACAACUUUGGUGCCAAGGAAGCGCAGGCUGCUAAGACCAUGCCUCUUACGCAGGGAAUGGACCUGAAGCCUAUCACCGUUUCCUCUUCGGGUUGGAAGCCCACGAGCCUGGGCAAGGGUCCUGCCGCGGCGGCGCCCACUGGCAACAUGGACCCGGAGAUGGUUCAGCGCAAGGUCAAGGCUGCACUCAACAAGAUGACGCCGGAGAAGUUCGACAAGAUCGCUGACCAGAUCCUGACUAUCGUUGCGCAGUCCAAGACCGAGUCGGAUGGACGCACGCUUCGCCAAGUCAUCCAGCUGACCUUUGAGAAGGCUACUGAUGAGGCCCACUGGGCCUCCAUGUAUGCCAAGUUCUGCAAGCGUAUGCUCGACACCAUGAGCCACGAGAUUCGCGACGAGAACCUCAAGGACAAGAACGGCGAGGUCGUCAGCGGUGGCGCGCUCUUCCGCAAGUACCUCCUCAACAGGUGUCAAGAAGAAUUCGAGCGUGGCUGGAAGGUCAACAUUCCCGCCAAGCCCGAGGAGGCUGAGGAGGAAAAUAAGAUAUCCGCCGAAGCCGCCAUGUUGUCUGACGAAUACUACAUUGCUGCCGCCGCCAAGCGUCGCGGUCUUGGUCUUGUCCAGUUCAUUGGUGAGCUGUACAAACUGGGUAUGCUGACAGAACGCAUCAUGCAUGCUUGCGUGCAGAAGCUGGUCGAUUACGAGACGACACCUGAAGAGGCUGAGAUCGAGUCGCUUUGCAAACUGCUCAGGACUAUUGGUGCCAACCUUGACGCAAGCCCCAAGGGCAAGAGCAUCAUGGAUGCCUACUUUGACCGCAUUCAAAACGUCGUCAACAUGCCUGACCUUCCCAGCCGUCUCAAGUUCAUGCUGAUGGACGUUGUCGACAUGCGCAGGUCCGGAUGGGCCACGAAGGAGGCUAACAAGGGUCCCAAGACCCUUGACGAGGCCGAAGCCGCCGCUGCUCAGAAGGCUCAGGAGAACGCCCGCGGCGGCAGCCAACGUGGUGCCCCAGGCGGUCGUCCCCAUUUCGGCCGCGGCGAUGCUCGCAGCUUUAGCAACUACACUCAGCAACAAUCCAACCAGGUUGGUAUGGAUGAUCUGCGCCGUCUGAAGGGUGCCACCAGUCGUGCGGCCAGCGGCAACGUCACACUGGGCCCUACGUCCAUGUUCUCUUCGCGUAGCAACAGCGGUCGACGACUUGGACCUGGCGGCUCGCUGGGCCGCGCUGGUGAGGACUCGAACGCCUCGUCGCGCACGGGAACGCCUCCUACUACACACACGAACGCCUUCAGUGCCCUUGCCAACUUGGACAACGAUAACCCUGCCUCCCCUCCUUCGACGGCAGCUUCCCCAGCGCUUUCCAAGGCUGUCCCUGACAGCACUGCUGCCAAGGAGAGCAAGUAG